CCGGAUCUCAAGUCCCACCCUCCAGCAGGUUAGGAGGCGGGCCCUGUCCCGGCAGAGGAGAGGCAGCACAGCGAUUGCCCUCACAGCUGAACUUCGCUCGUUGUGCUCGCUGAUCUCUUUGCUUUGACGAACGGCUCAAGGAUACAAAGAGACGGGCGGACAUGCGGUAGCGACAGAGCAUGAGAGCGACGGCGGCGGCGGCAGCGGAGAGAGACGACGCGGCUUACCCGGACUACCGUCUUGUUUUAUCGGCGUACGGAUAUUACUGUGGAGCUCUCUGACCGGGCUCCGCCGAUGUGCUCACCGGUUGUAACGUACCAAAGACCGCUGAGACCUGAUAAGGGCGACUUUAUCGCACAGGACCGCCGAGGUGUGCAACAUGGAUAAAACUUUGCACAUUCUCCAGAAAUCCGCAGACGGUGUACCGACUGGGAUCUCGCUGGAUGUGAGUUUAAACGUGGACGAAGGGGAGGACUUCACGGAACAAUCGAUCGUGGGACUCUCGGACAAAAUACCUCUGGUGAAACCUUAUUUCAAAAAGAAGCCGAGGAAAUUAGACGCCAAAUGCCUUCACCGCGCCUUGGAGGAGCCCAUCCUGACCACUCUGCUCAGCGGCGACAUGCCGGGGGACGGCGUGUUCGUGCCGCGGAAUCAGGCUGGACGCACGCCGGGGAACCUGUGCGCGGCGGUCGCCGCUAAACAGAACUGCAUCGUCCCGGUGUGUGGCCUCAAAGACACGCCGGCCGCGGACGCCGCCGCAGCGGGCACCGGAGAUGUGGAGAUGGCCGAUACUACUGCGGAGUUGGAGGAGACGGAGCGGCGAGGGGAGCGCCCCAAGGCGGGCCUCAGGGCUGCGGGGAGCACGGACACAAUAACGUCAGCAAGCAGGGAUGUACCUCCCAUAGUCGCACCCCAGGCUUCUCACCAGGAGGGAGCCAUCAAAAGCAAUGACCUCUUAACUCACCCCAAACCCCCCCCUACUAAAGACUGCACUUCCCUCCAGGACGCCCACCCCCUACUCCUGCAAUCCCCGCAGCCUGACAAAAGAGUGCUUUUUCAGAAUAAAAGUGAAGAGGCCUCCCUGGACUUGGUGUUUGAGCUUCUCACCCAGCUUCAGUAUCACACACACCAGUCAGACUCCGUGGACAUUUGUGUGGAUUUCCUCCAAGGACAAUGCGUGUAUGGCAGUGACUGCGCCCACCACCACACGGUCCUGCCCUACCACUGGCAGAUCCGCAGGAGCGAAACUCAGACGUGGCAAAGCAUAGCGGAUGAGUCCCAGGAACAGCUGGAGCGACUGUACUGCAACCCAGACAAUGACCAAGUCAGGCUCAAGUAUCAGGGGUCAGUGUUUUCCCUGGACUUUGGAGCCAUGCGGGUUUGUGACCUGAAGUUUGACCGUGUCCGCCGGCUGACCACUCCUCCCAAUCCUCUCGCCAUGCCCGUGACGAACCCAAACCCCACCCCUAGCUGUCACACAGUGUGGAAGUACUACUGCAGAGACAACUUUGGCUGGAGGGAAUACUCAGAGCCCGUGGUGAAGCUUAUAGAGAAGGCAACUCUCAGGGGUCUCAAGGAGGUGCGAUUCAUUACGCUCCAGAACCAGUAUAUCCUAAACAUCAGGGAGGGCUUCCAGCAGAACGCCAUGUUUGGGUUCAGGCGUCAGAUCAAGAAGCGGCCCAUGUUCAUGUCCUCGGUCAUGCUUGCACCACACCUCGAGACUUUGGGUGGCAUUUCUUCAUCUCCACUGCCCAGUUCUUCCUCCUCUUCCUCAUCAAUGGAUCUCACAGUGUCGCAUCCGCUCUCCCCGACGACCACCAACCCGCCGAGCCUUUUCCCUGAGACGUGGUUGCCCAUGGCAGUGAACCAGGACUUCCUGCAGGUGCCCGUGUCCCGAGACGACCGCAGCUACAGGACCGUAUACAGUUUGUUCCACAAAACGGUGGCCGAGACCAAGUUCAGGAUCAUUAAGAUACUCCGGGUACAAAACCCCUUCCUCUGGGAGAAGUACAAAAGGAAGAAGGAGUACAUGUCCAGGCGUAUGUCCGAGAUGGACCGGCUGCUGAGCGAGCGUCAUCUCUUCCAUGGCACCUCGGUAGAUGUGGUGGAGGGCAUCUGCAAGCACAACUUUGACCCGCGGGUCUGCGGCAAACACGCCACCAUGUUCGGCCAGGGCUCCUACUUCGCCCGGAAGGCCGUCUACUCACACAACUUCUCCAAGCGCUCGCCGAAAGGAGUCCACUGCAUGUUCCUGGCCAAAGUGCUCACUGGCAGGUUUACUGUAGGAAACCCUUCAAUGCGGCGACCGCCACCCAUCAACCCCCGCGAUGCCUCCAGUGACCUGUAUGACUCCUGUGUGGACAACUGGGUGGACCCUCAGAUCUAUGUCAUCUUCAACGACGAUCAGAGCUACCCGUACUUCAUCAUUCAUUAUGAGGAGGUGCCCAGCACGGUACCCCUCUGAGCACACUUUGUUUUAGGCUGCUCAGGUGGUUAGUGUCACCUAACUCCACCUAACGGCUUAAAACACAUUCUAAAAGACACUUACAAACGAAGCUGUCAACUGGACUCAAAAGGACUGGACUCUGCAGCCAAGAACCACAGACAUGUCCAGAGCAGACUUAACUGGGUACAACUGGACAACAAUCUAUGUCACUCCCUCAGUACGUUCGCAUGCACUGGAGAAUACCCAAUGACUGUAUUACUUAAUAAUUGGAUUGGAAUUCUGAUUGCUCCUUUUACACUUCAAUCGAUCCAAAACUGGAUCAAAAUCAAUUCACAAGAGACUGGUAGAAGGGUACAUCCAGUACAUGGAGAGUAGGAACUACUACUUAAUGAAAGUGUGCAUGUAAACAUACUGAGCAUUCAGUGGUGGAUGGCAGCUGGCAAGAUUCGCGCUUGGCUGUAAUCUUAAACCACGUUUACUUAAAUACAACUUUCUAGAAAAUCAAAUGUUAUCGCCCUUAUCUUUUUGACUUAGUCGUUUGGCUGUAAAUGAACACAGUGCCGUUUGCAGGUCACACCGUAGUAGAUGGUUGGCAUGUUUGACUUUAGUAUUUCAAGUAAGCAGCAACCGACAAAUGUAGGCUUCCAAUAACUCAGACCACGCUAUUCGUUAAAAACAAUAACAACAACAAAAAAACCUUGUGUUUUCCCAGCUGCUGGCCUGUAUGUUUUUCAAAUUUUAAGUCGAUGUGUUGCGUGUUUCUAUAUAGUGGAAAUAAAUCUCGGGGCCUCUUCAACCGGUCAAUGGAUGGGAGUUUUGAGUAAGACUUUUUCCAAAUGGACAUCUACGUACUGUAAGCCUUCAGGCAGAGGACUUAAUACGAAGUUACAACUGUUCCUGGUUGGCGUUGUUGCCUUGGCGCCCACCACUUUAGUUUCCGAAAGGGGGAAUUGAAGUACAUAGUUUUAAUGCUGAGGCUUCAGCAUCUUUCCCUCUCUCUCUCUCUCUCUCUCACUCUCUCUCUCUCUCUCUCUCACUCUCUCCAUCUCGCUCAUUCUCUCUCUUAUUCCCUCUCUCUGAUUGCUCAUGUUCAUUGACAGUAGAAAGGUUUGAUUGAAACAUACUGUACAAACGUUCUUUGUUUAUAUUUGAACUUGUGUGCCUUUUGUUCAUAAAAAAUGUUUAUUUAUGUUAGUUUAAUGUUACAUUGAUUGAAUAAAAAAAAUGGAAAAGCAAA